AUGGCAAAGCACUUAAAUGAGGGUCCCUCAAAGUCGGGUUUGAGCAGUGGAUCGCUCACAAACCUAUUCAAGCUGAAUCGCAAACGUCGUGUGGAAGAGAUCGAAGAAGCCGACUCGGCAGCGCAGUCGCACUCGCACUCGGACGUAUCUGGAACGGGAGAAAACUCCAGCGACAGCGACGAGCAAUUGGAGGAAAUGGCCAAGAAAAAAAGACGUACGCUUUCGACGGCGGAAGCAGAGGCACUGGAGGCUCAGGAGCGCAAAUUGGACGAGCAGCUGCCGGAGGAGCUUCGCAAGUACCGGCCACGCGGAUUCCAGCUCAAUCUGCCGCCGCAAAACCGGUCUGUGCGCGUUUACGCAGACGGUGUGUUUGAUCUGUUCCAUCUGGGCCACAUGAAGCAGCUGGAACAGUGUAAGAAGUGCAUGCCCAACGUAACACUCAUCUGUGGUGUGCCGUCGGAUCGCAUUACCCACAAACUCAAGGGUCUGACGGUGCUCACGGACCAGCAGCGGUACGAGACGUUGCGACACUGCAAAUGGGUCGACGAAGUGGUGGAAGACGCACCCUGGUGUGUCACGCCCGAGUUUCUCGAGCAGCACCGCAUCGACUACGUUGCCCACGACGAUCUGCCCUACGCAGCGUCCGGAAGCGACGAUAUCUACCGUCCCAUCAAGGAAAUGGGCAAGUUUGUUGCCACGCAACGCACAGACGGCAUUUCCACCAGCGACAUCAUCACUCGCAUUAUUCGUGACUACGACAAGUACCUGAUGCGCAACUUUGCACGCGGUGCGACCAGACGGGAGCUCAACGUGUCGUGGCUCAAGAAGAACGAGCUUGACUUCAAGAAGCACGUCCAGGAGUUCCGCUCCUAUUUCAAAAAGAGCCACGACUCCAUCAACCACGCUUCCAAGGACCUGUACGUAGAGGUGCGCGAGAUGCUCCUGCGUAAGACCUUGGGCAAGAAAGUCUACUCCAAGCUGGCGGGCCAGAACAUGGCCCAGAAGACCAUCCGAGGAUCAUCGCCAGCCUCUGAGUUUGCACGCACCUAUGGCGACCAACACAGCUACAAAAACAUCGAAAACGACGACCAGAAUGACCAAAAUGACCAGCACCAUCAGCACCACCAGAACGACGAAAAUGACAGCGAAAGUGUCGGGAAAGAAAGUCAGACUCACGAAAGAACCUCUGAAGAGUCAAGUUCCGCCUAA